CAGUGUGGGUGACUUGACACUGGUCCCAAGUUGAGUACAGUCGGUGUGCUGCUGCGUCGUGGAGACAGUGGAGGAGAGGAUAAGAAAGUGGCUAUAAGAGAGACGCUUCACCUUCAUGCUUCUGCGCAUAGAAAAGAAAAGAGACGCGUUUAGGCUACUUUUCAAUCAACAUACAGACUUAAAGGAAAGUGCUGGGACUGGAUCAAAGCAGGCGACAGGAGCUCAUCUGACUGAACUGUUCCUCAUUGGAUGUAUAAGAGAGGAAGGGAGGUUUUUCUGAUCUGAACCCUUUCGGAAAUGAGCCACAGGGUGGACGUGAAGGAAGGUGACAGAAAGUAAUUCAAGAGGAAGAAUGAUAUAUGCAGGAAUCACGCUGCUUUCAUCACCUCUCUGAUUAAAUUAUUUUCUUUUAGGAGGGUCGAUUUGUUACAAGCUUUUUAAAGCACCUAUUAAAUUAUCUAUUUGCAUCCACCCAGCACACCUCGGCUGGUUGAUCACACUCCUGGUUAUUCAAUCAAAGUUGAAAGAUUAGUUGUAAAUCUUGCAUUCAGCUGUAAUAUGGGAUGCAAGCCUUCUGGCUUGUAAUUAAUUGUUAACCCGUUUUUAAAUAUAUCCCCUUUUUCUGAUCGUAUUUAAUACAAUUGACACUUGAACAUGGCAAUCAACACGGACACCGACUUCCUGAAGUCCAACUUAAGUGAGGGUGGAGGAGGCACGCAGCCUGCGGACCCCCACGAGACUGAGAAACUUCUGGCGCUGACCACCGAGCCUGGAGGCAACGGGAUGAAGAUGUCCACCUCCUUCACGGUCAACAUGGACAGUGACAAGGGCCAAGAGGCCGACCAGAACGGCCACAGCAUCGCAGUGAGAUCAGGCUCCGCCGGGCAGCUGGGCGCCGCCGCCCCCCUCUCCCCGUCCAAGGCCAGUCUGAGCCGCUCCUCCUACGGGAACGCUACCGUGCAGGAGACCCCGAAGCCCAAGGAUUACCUCAUCCUUGUUAUCUUGUCCUGCUUCUGCCCCGUGUGGCCCGUCAGCAUUGUGGCACUGGUGUACUCCAUCAUGUCCAGAAACAGUCUGCAGGUGGGGGAUAUGGACGGGGCCAGGAGGCUGGGCCGACUGGCCCGUCUGCUCAGUAUCGUCUCCAUCGCCCUGGGCAUCGUCGUCAUCGUGGUCUACGUCUCAGUUGCAGUAAGCAAGAACUGAGGGGGAGGGGGGAAGAACCGUGAAAACCAUGGAUGCAACAGGGGGGAGCGAGCCCAUUCCAAAACAAACAACAAGACAUACAAUUCCUUACUUUAUGCCAUAUUGUAAUUACAUCAUGACCGACCUCAGAAAGCAAAACAAAAUAGGCUCAUGAGAGUAGGUACUGCAGCAAGUAAACAAAUAAAAACAUUCAGAGGUGCAUGCAUUAGAAUCCAGUAACAUUUGCUUGACAAAAAUAACACAAAAAAACCUGAUGUAAAAGUGUUCAGGUUAAAACAAGAGGAAAAAGAAAACACAGAUUUGUAUGUGGCCAGGAGGACUCAUGUUUCUUUUUGGAAGAAUGGACUUCCUAAAACGAAGAGGAUGAACUACAUGUGAGGUGAAAGUGAACGAAAGACGUUUUCUAUGUCUGUGGGCUCCUUGAAAAACAGAUUCUGGGUUUGGGCUUCAAACGGCUGCAUAUAAUCCGUAUAUAUUCCUUACUGAACCUCUUGCAUUCAAAGCAUAUACAGCUACAAAUAUAUUUGAAAUAUGGAUAUAACAAUAUAUACAUGUACAUUUUAUAAAAAUGUUUGUAUGCCAAGUGGUGCUGGGUUUGUUAGGACUGUUGUGAUGGCUGCUUUGUCAGCACUAUUAUCAGUGGAAAUUCAAGGGUUUGUGAAAAGGGGCAGGGAACACCUUUUAAAUGUGUUAUUUAUUAUCAUUUUUUGAA